AUGCUGUCGUUCAUAAACCGCCUCCUGGACUGGUUUCGUGCUCUCUUCUGGAAGGAGGAGAUGGAGCUGACGCUGGUGGGGCUCCAGUCCUCGGGGAAGACCACCUUUGUCAACGUCAUUGCGUCAGGCCAGUUCAGUGAAGAUAUGAUUCCCACAGUUGGUUUUAAUAUGAGGAAAGUCACGAAAGGCAACGUGACAAUAAAGGUGUGGGACAUUGGUGGACAGCCGCGCUUCAGGAGCAUGUGGGAGAGAUACUGUCGUGGAGUCAAUGCAAUAGUUUACAUGGUGGAUGCAGCCGACCGUGAGAAGAUUGAGGCUUCCAGAAAUGAGCUCCAUAAUCUUUUAGACAAGCAACAAUUACAAGGGAUUCCAAUCUUAGUACUGGGGAACAAACGAGACUUGCCAAAUGCUCUGGAUGAGAAGCAGCUGAUUGAAAAAAUGAAUUUAUCUGCCAUUCAAGACAGAGAAAUCUGCUGCUACUCUGUCUCGUGCAAGGAGAAGGACAACAUAGACAUCACGCUGCAGUGGCUUAUCCAGCAUUCCAAGUCCCGGCGGAGCUGA